UUUAAAUCAGCACAAGCAAACGGCGAGUACAAGGACUUUUACGUCUGGAAAAGGGUCUCGGAUGUGCAAGGUGAUCACAAUUACGUUGUGAACGCCGACGGAGACGAGUAUGCUUAUUUGGCUUACGAAAGAAAAAAUCCGGUACUGAACUGGACCAAUCCUCGGGUUCGGGAGAACAUUCUUGAAGCGGCAAAAGGAUUCCUAAACCUAGGAGUUGAUGGUUUUCAUGUGGCGCAUGUCAGUCAGAUCAUGAAACAGCAACAAGCUUUUCAGGGACGAGCUGCACUCUCGAUGCUUAGCGAAUUUAUCCAGAAUCUUCGUCAGUAUGUAAGCAGUAACGAGACACUCGGUGGACGCGAAUUGGCUGUUUUUUCAACGCUUGAUGACCUUGUCGAAUUGCACGAUCUAAAUUCCACAGAAUACAGCUCAUCCAAUCUAACAUAUGUCAUCGAUAAUUCGGCUUCUGGAAUUAAUAAUGAAUCGUGUCUGAAUGAAAUACCGAAGUGCUUGUACAGCACGUUGUAUGCAUCACUUGAGCUAUUCGAGAAUUCGCAGUUGCCUCACGCGUGGCAGUUUUCAAGCUAUCAUGGCUCACGACUGAGUACACGAUUUGGCCAGGCAACAGCCAAUCUGCUCACACUUGUACAGCUCUCUCUGCCUGGCGCCGCGGAGAUUUAUUAUGGACAAGAGCUUGGUCUCGAAGACACAGCCGAUCCGGCGAACAGUUACACAGGUCUGAUGCAUUGGGACGACAGUGUCUAUGCGGGAUUCACAGCUGAAAACGAAAAGCCCUUUUUCUCCACAGCACGAAAUUACAAGGAGAAUAAUUUCGCGGCACAGUUGAAAGCGUACCACUCACCACUAAAAACUUUCAAAGCGGUGGCAAAACUGCGCCAACGCGAUGAUCAUUUUGUGCUUGGCGAGACGCGAAUGGCACCACUUGUUGAGAACGUCAUCCUAUUUAGCCGAUUCCAGCGCGUCAGUAAUGCUACCGCUGGAGGAGCGUAUUUGAUCGCUGCAAACUUCGGCUCGUCAAAUGUUGAAGUUAACGGAACGUUAGUGAUGCCGGAUGACCGCUUGAACGCUAUGGCGGAAAUUGUUGUGACCACUUCUAACGUUGAGCAAUACUCGACGAGAGACAGAAUGGAGUUACUGCAUCAAAAACUCCUUCUGCAGCCCAAACAGGGCAUUAUUCUACGGUUCUGA